AUGUUAGUCCCGCUAUUUGACCCCGCAAAAGUGGAAAGGAUUUCCAAGCAUCAUCGCAACUUCAAGAGUUUGAUGCGUAUCUUGGACGUCAAUAAACAGCAUCCCAUUCUGACUUUUCCCGGAACCCCCGCCUGGAUUGAUCAACAUAUGAACUAUGACGACGUUCACCAUGAGAAUGCUGCACGAAUUAGUGGACUAGUUGCAGAUAUCCCUGAUUCCUUGGUCGACCAUGAGCGGCCGUCUGUCAUGGAUUCCCCUGCUUCCUUGUCUCGAUAUUGCUCUUUUGGGAGCGAAAAGGAUUUGAACUCUUACGUUGACAUCAUCAUUCCGGAUAUUGUUCAAACUGCAGCUCUGGUUGCCUUUAAUUGCUUUCAGCCUUCAAUCGUGGCUGAUGACAUCAACAAGUUAUCCUCAGGGGCUUCGAAAGCCGGGGUUCAACCUACGAUGCAGGAGUUCAAGUUUGAAAGCCGGAUGCGGGGCUAUUAUACUGAUCUCAAGACCGCAAUUGAGCGCUAUAAAGGCAAUGUCAACAAAACAGACAUGCCCAGCCCAGCUACUAUCCUCGCGGCCUACGAAAACAACCCAAGGAUCCGGAGAUUUGUCAACGAAAUUGCAUGCCUUUGCACCAGCCCUACCUUUAUCCCGGCUCUAAAUAAGCAUAUCUCAAAGCCUGUCUCGAAGAGACAAGGUAACAAAAUAUGCCCAGAGGCGUUCGUCCCGUCACAUGCCAUUCAAAUCAUGCUUUUUGCCGCUCAAAAGUGGGAUCCAAAAUGUGAAUACUCCAGAGACCAUAAAUACCCCCAUCGAUUUCCCUUUUGCAACACCCUUGGUUUCGGUUAUGAUCCGGACGGAGAUGUUUGCGAUCGGCUCUGUACGAAGAACGUUCGUCGGGCAAUUCUACUGUUCUACUAUCUGAUCAAACGACGAGAUGGAAGCUCGGUUUGGAUUGGCAACGCCCCAAACAACCUGAACGCGGGCUUUUCAGGGCAUUCUGGCCCUGACGCUGAAGAUGAUGGACCUCCUACUCCCAGGAUCGAAACUGCACCUGCUGUGCCGAAUGAGCAUGCACCAGUCAAUGGAGUUGACGUUGUGACGGACAACAACGAAUCCGAUGAGUCCGAUGAAGAUGAAGAUGAAGAUGCAGACGCACCUGAAAGUGUCGAUGAAACGGAAACCAUUGAGGGACUCAGUACAAUCAGGAUCAACACCUUGUUGUUGGAAUCUUUUAUAACUACACGUCCAUCGGAAAGUCUCUCACAGCGCCUCCGGGGCUCGGGCGAACCCGAAUCACCUCCGAUCUCGUUCGAUAAGCUCCGGAAAGAGCUUCAUUUCCUCCUUGAACAUCAUAUGCAGCCCGAAUUUGAGUCUUUACUCUCCACAUCCACGAAGCACGAGACACAAGUCCCUUUCGAUCUUGCAAUAUUGGACAUGAAGCAUCUGAUCAAAUGUCCAUUCGGAUUCUCAGCAAACUCAGAGGUUAACCAGUCAUCACGCAAGAUCCUCGUCGAUUUGGGUUACGGGCAAUCACCAGGACAUGAAAGUCGUCCGAAUUCGAACUUGCCGGAACACCGUAAGGCGGUCUUGAUUUCGUUCGACUGGCGGAACAAGAUAGUUCUCGAACUUGAGGAACCCCCCUUUCUGGCUACUGUUGCUACGGCAAAGGCUGUCAUGAAGCAGCUUCUCAAUCCGGAAAUUGAAGAAGAUUGGAUCAAGGAACAUGACGAGACCAGGCAUGCGCCAACUGAGAGGAUUGACUGCAUUCGCUGGGUUUGCUAUUAUAAUCCGAUCAUGACUCGAGCCCUUGAGUUGGCAUAUAAGUACUGCAGGGAGGACAAGGAACGUCUUGUUGUCUAUGUCGAAGAUCCAUGGAUUCAGUGUAUCGCUGUGGCCUUGUUCGUCGUAGCCGGUUUCAACGUUGGCACUAUCCGCUCCUCAGACACUACCGAGGAGCAAUUCAAGAUCAUGAACCAAUGGAAGAACAAAGCCUCCCGCUCGGAGAUCCUCGUUGCCAACGUGGACACCAAGAUCAGGUACGUCAACAUGCAUACAAGCUGUACAAAGGGACUGCUGUUGAACUGGACUCUUGAACCAGAGCGCAUGCUCAAGAUCAUCAACAACAUGGUCAGCACCAACCAGAAGAAGCCGUCCACCUUUCACAUGCUCAAGGUCGCCGAUACCUAUCACGAUGUCAUCGAGAGGGUCUGUUGCACUAGGUGGGCGAUGCAGCUUUCAGGAAAGAUUGAACACCCGGAAUGGAUGACUGGUGUCGUCCGCGAGAUCUGCACUUGGCAUCAGCGUUUCAAUCGCUAUGCCUGGGUAGUCACAUACGAUCUCAAAGGCCACGACUUCAAGUAUCACGACCCUGAAUGGCGUCAACCUGGCAAUGUCUUCUCGAUUGUGGCGAAGCUGAUGCUUCACCAUCCCAGGGACAAAGAGUUCUGGGUCGAGAGCAUGCCUAUCCUUAUAGAGUUGUGUUUUCAUUUCAGGGAUGCAUUCGAUAAGUCGGAUUAUCUUGAAGACCAUUUGAGACUUACACCCAAAGAGAUGAGAAAGUCGCUACUCCCGAUGUUCAAGGGGAUGAAAAACGCACGGGCAGCGCUCAAUGAUGAACAGGCCUCUGAGCGACGAGAAGUGCUACAGCGUGGUGUUGAAGCCAGAGCCAAAAUGUACGAGACAGGCGCUCAGGUUGGUGUGAAGCGCAAGGCUAGCGAAGAUGGUGAGGGUGGCGCGAAGAGGCAGAGGACCAGUGCUGCUUAG